AUGUACAGCGUAUUAUCAGAUCUUGAAAUCGAAUCUAACUAUAAAAUUAACAAUAAAUACGAGUUUCUUCUCCAUUAUCCCGAAGUUAACGGGAUAAACUACAACUGGUGGCGUCAAACUCUUUCACCUACUAUUCAAACCGAAAAUUUGACUCAACAAAAUUCGGAUGAUCAUUUUGUUCUUGGAUACGAAGUAGUUGAUGUGCAUUUUACUGAUUUUAACUGGGGUGGACUAAGCUUAACAAAAGGCUAUGUCAGCUCAUAUAUCAAUGGAAAUAUUAAUCUUCCUAGUUGGCACUAUGCUAUUGGUGCAUAUGGAUUUGAAAAAGGAAUUCCAGGUCCAUUUGGAAGUGAUCAUUAUUUAAAUUUCGUUGCACUUUAUGCGAAAAUUAAUUCUUUAAAUAUGAUAAGAUGUAACACAAUUAAAGCUUACCGAAAUUCAUUUUUAAAUUCAAAUGUAUUUUUAUAUGUUUUUAAUUUAAUGUAA